AUGUCGAGCCUGGCCAGAGAGUUUGCCAAAACCAAGCUGUCCUCGCUGCCACCGCCCGAGCCACUGCAGGAAGAGCCGCCCGAGUGCGAAGAUGAUUCGUCGUCGGCCUCGUCCAUGUCCAGCACCGGCACCGUCAGGCCGUCGGGCACGCUGAGACCCGCCCCCGCAAUCCACUGGUCCGACUACUACGCCCAGGAGUUUUACCUCGAGCACGAUCGUCAUGGCGCUGGCCAUGCCAAGUUCCAUGUUUACCUGACGCCCCCAGCCUCGCCAAAGGCGCCGCUCAUCGUGCUGCAUCAUGGCGCCGGAAGCUCCGCAAUGACUUUUGCGCUUGCCGCAAAGGAGAUCAGGAAGGCCAUGCCCGAACUGGGCAUACUGGCCAUCGAAGCACGCGACCACGGAAGCGUCGUCUGGAAUGCCAGCGGCGAAGUCGACAACGACCUCAGCAUCGCCCAGCUCAGCCAGGAUCUGGUCGACAUGCUUUUGCUCACGCAGGCCAAGAUGGGCUGGAAGGAGCUCCCUACAACCGUCUUGAUCGGACACAGCUUGGGUGGCGCAGUCGUGACCGAGACGGCCAACAAGGCGUUACUCGGCAACAAGCUGCUGGGCUAUGGAGUUCUGGACGUUGUCGAGGGCUCGGCCAUGGAGACGCUGGGACACAUGCACACUUACCUGGCCAGCCGACCCAAGUCCUUCCCAUCGCUUCCUGCUGCCAUCGAAUGGCACAUCCGUUCGCGGACACUGCGCAACCCGCAGUCAGCGAGAGCUAGCGUACCGAGCUUGCUACUGCAAACAGCAGACGGCCGAUGGGCCUGGCGGACAGAGCUCUCGAGCACAGAGCCCUACUGGGAAAACUGGUUCACUGGCAUGAGCGGCAAAUUUCUCAGAGGCAAAGGCGCAAAACUGUUGCUGCUGGCGGGCACAGACAGACUGGACAAGGAGCUGAUGAUAGGGCAGAUGCAGGGUAAAUUCCAACUACAGGUAUUUCCCGCCGCUGGUCACUUUCUUCACGAAGAUCUCCCCGAAAAGACUGCCGAAGUCGUAGUCGAGUUUGUCAAGCGCAACGACCGGAGUACGCUUGUCCUUCCACCAAAAGUUUCCGAUCUGCUUGCCCAAGGCAAGCGGGUUUAA